UGAACUCCGCUUAAUGACUGGCAGAGGUUUUGAUGCUAUACCCGAAUAGUCAGGCCACCUACGGAGUAGAAUUUUGCCCCUCAUCCUACGCGGCAAGAAAGUUUGGCCUUUCGCGCAUACCCCUCCUUCCCCCCUCUUUGUCAGUGGUCCACCACUUUACUUGAACAGACCAGACUUAAACUCUUCCUUCCGAAUAUAAAAUUCGAACGCCGCUCAACAUGCUGGACCUCGCCGAUUUUAUCACCGAGCGCGGUGGUAAUCCAAACGCAAUUAGGAACAGCCAGCGCAAGAGAUAUGCACCUGAAAACGCCGUCGAUGAGGUCCUCGGGUUAUACGAAGAGGCACGAACUGCGCGCUAUGAAGUAAUGCAGAUUAACUCCCAGCUUAAUGCACUUCAGAAAGAGAUUGGGAAAUUGAAGAAGAAUAAGGAAGAUGCAAGCUCAUUAAUGGAACAAAAGGCGAGUUUGGAGCAACGCAAAAAAGAUGCUGAAGAACUUGCGGUCAAGAAAGAAUUACACCGGGAUCAGAAAAUUCGGACAAUUGGCAACAUCGUGCAUGAAUCAGUCCCCAUUAGUAACAAUGAGGAUAACAAUGUCGUGGUCAGAACGUGGGUCCCAGAGAAUGUCAAGGUUGAAAAGCGCGAUUGCCUGUCUCAUCAUGAGGUGCUUACACGUCUUGAUGGUUUCGACCCCGAGCGUGGUGUCAAGGUGGUCGGUCACCGUGGGUAUUGCUUGACAGGAUACGGUCUUUUUCUAAACCUUGCGCUCGUCAAUUAUGGACUUGAGUUUCUCUGGGGAAAGGGAUACAAACCCAAUCAACCUCCCCAGUUCAUGCUGAAGGAUAUGAUGGCGAAGACCGCGCAGCUUGAGCAAUUUGAUGAGGAACUUUACAAAGUCACAGAAAGUGAAGACAAGUCCACUGAUAAGUAUCUCAUUGCUACUUCAGAGCAACCUCUGUCAGCUUUGCAUGACGGGGAGUGGCUUCAAGACAAAGACCUGCCGAUCAAGUAUGCGGGAUAUAGUACGUGUUACCGCAAGGAGGCAGGUGCGCAUGGCAAAGAUGCGUGGGGUAUCUUUCGAGUUCACCAGUUCGAGAAGAUCGAACAAUUUGUUCUAACCAAACCAGAAGACUCUUGGCAAGCCUUUGAGGAGAUGAUGGCUACAUCAGAAGAAUUUUAUCAGUCCCUUGGUCUACCGUAUCAGGUAGUAGCGAUUGUCUCCGGCGCAUUGAACAAUGCUGCUGCAAAGAAGUAUGACCUGGAAGCCUGGUUCCCCUUCCAAGGGGAGUACAAGGAACUGGUUUCCUGCUCCAAUUGCACGGACUACCAGUCGAGGGCCCUCGAGAUCCGUUAUGGCAUUAAGAAAGCCACAGAUGUCAAAAAGUCUUAUGUUCAUGCUUUGAAUGCAACCCUGUGCGCCACUGAACGGACACUCUGCUGUGUUCUCGAGAAUUACCAGACUGAAGAUGGCAUCAUUGUCCCGGUACCUCUCAGAAAGUACAUCCCAGGCAUGCCAGAAUUCCUUCCCUUCACGAAGGAGCUUCCUAAGGACAGUACCUCCCAGAAGUCGAAGGCUAAGGCCCCUAAGAGUGCAAAUAGCGCGGACGAUGCUACCAAGAAGCUGCAAAAUCUCCAUGUCUGAGUGGUCCUAUCUGCAUCACGUGGAUAUUCUAGAUUUAAACCGAUCCUCUGUUCCCACAGCGCGAGUGGCACCGCAGUCGAUUGCCUUCCUGGUAUAGAUAUGAAGCACAUGGGUCUCACAUCUGGCAGCAAAUCUGGCUCAUAGAAUUCGUACUAUUUUCAAUCGUGAAGUUUCUGCAUUCUGUCUAACCUGCCUAAAUAAUGUUAUGCUAGCUUCUUUCCCACAGUA